UUCAGCGUUCAGUUGACGCACGGCAAUUGUUGUGACAGUUAGUGGCCCAGUCGUAAAAGCAGUUUUAGUCGUCUCCAUUCGAAAUCUAUCGGGAAAAGUAUUUUUGUUUGUAUCAAUAAAAUUGAAAAAUGAAGUUUCAAUACAAGGAGGAGCAUCCAUUCGAGAAAAGGAAGGCGGAGGGCGAGAAAAUCAGGCGAAAAUAUCCUGACCGUGUUCCCGUUAUCGUUGAGAAAGCUCCCAAGGCGCGAAUCGGUGACCUUGAUAAAAAGAAGUACCUUGUACCUUCCGACUUGACAGUCGGACAGUUUUACUUCCUGAUUCGCAAGCGUAUUCACCUGCGUCCCGAGGAUGCCCUCUUCUUCUUUGUCAACAACGUCAUUCCACCUACCAGUGCAACAAUGGGGGCUCUCUACCAGGAGCACCAUGAAGAGGAUUUCUUUCUCUACAUAGCGUACAGCGAUGAGAAUGUCUAUGGAAAUUAGAGGGAAUUAAUAGUAAACCCACCUACUGCUACAAGUUUAUGGAUGCAAUUUGAUUUAAAUUAAACAAUUGAAACUUAACAUCUUUGACAUAGUCUACAUUUGUAGAGGCUUUAAAGAGGAGGUUUAGAAAAAAAGAAACCAUAUGCAAUG